AUGAGCGAAUCUAUUAAUUAGGAUAAUAUUUAAAAUAACAAUCAGAUUAUCAAAAAUGAAGUAGAUGAUGAAGAUUUAAUGUAAUAAAAUAUUUUAAACUAGCCUGAAGAGAGCAAGUUAGAUUAUUUCGAUUUGAUACAAAAGGACCUUAUUUAUAGUCCUACUGGAGGGUUGUUAAUUAUGUCUUAAGGUACUGGUGUCUAUAAAGUGAUUGGGGAAUAUUUAGAUACGUUUUAAUAAGGACCACAAACAGUCUUUUUUUUGCUUAAUUUUGAUGAAAGGGAUAGCCUAAAAUCUGAAAUCAAUGAAAUUUAAUAUUACUGCAAACAGCACAAAAUUGUUGAUGUAACAAAUAUGAUUUCAUCUAAAAGAAGUGAAAUUUAUAGCAAAGGAGGAAUAUUUUCAAUAUCAGAAAUAGUUCUCCUAUUUGAUUUGCUAAGUGGCAGCAUCAUCCACUCAGAAAGAAUUACUGGGUUUAUUAUUAAUAAAAUAUAAAGUGUUAGAAACCACUAAGAGAAUCUAGUCUGGUUGUGUACUCUUCUAAAGACAAACAAUCCUUCUUCUAUAAUUUUAGGGAUUUCUGAGUGUGAGUAGACAUUAGCAAGUAGAGGGUUAGAAAAUAUAAUGAGAUGGUUCUAUUUACCUAGAUGCUUUGUAUGGAACAUGAUUAGAGCAGAAGUUCAAAGUGAUAUUCUAAAAUAGCCAAAUCAAUGCGAGCACUUGGAUACGUUUGUGGAUAUGAAUAAAAGAAUGAGAAAUAUUGAUAAUUGUAUUAAAGUUAUCAUAAUUUUAAUACUGAAAGAACUCAAAUCUAAGAGAAAUGCAAGUGACACAACAGAAUUACCUAUAUUCAAUUAGGAAGAAUUCUUAAACUCUCAUUAAUACAUUUUGGAGGAUAAAAUCAAAUCCAAUAAAUUCUACUUAAAAGCCUUUAUGAAUAACACACAGUACUUUAAAGAUGCUUUUGAAUUUAAGCAGUUACAAAAAGAUCUCUUUUAGCUAAAUUGUGUUUCCUUCUAUAAAAAAUUACUCUAUAUUGAUUAAAAUUCAAAUGAAGACAGCUUCAUAAAUAGGACAGCAACCGAUAAAAGUACUCAAAAAGUAAUUAAAGAGCUUUUUGAAAAUGCAUAAAAAAGAGUUUAUGAAAUUCAAAAAAGCGAUGAAACAUUGGAGCUGCCAUUGUUGGAGUCUCAAUUAAAUAAUUCUGAUAGAGAUAGUUUUUAAUUUAGAUAAAAAUUUAAUUUAAAUGGUUACUUUGAUGCCAGCCUUCUCUAAAACACAGGUAAAAAUGUAGAGUAAUUGUAAAAUGAUGCUGAUAAAGACUUAGCAGAGUAAAAUGAUUUGAAAAGAGCCUCUUUAAAUUCAAUUGAAAUGGCAGAUGAAAAUUUAAAGGGGAAAACUAGUUCAUAAGAAAAUUCAUAAAAUGGUUUAAACUCCUAAGGCUUUCUUGAUAGGUCUGCUGAUUAAAUAAAUCUAACAUAGUCUAUUUAAAUGACUUCAAUUAAAGAAAAUAUCAAAGAAGAUGAAACAUUUGAAGAAAGUAAAAAUGAAAAUUAAUUACUAAAAUAAGAUAUGCUUGAUGUGGAGGACAAACAUUUAAAUGAAAACUCUCAAGAUAAGUUUAUGUAACAGAUGGAAUUUAUGAGAAACAUUAUUAAUCAAGAUUCAAUUUCAUUAGCUUAAGACAUGCCUAAAGUAGGUUUGAAAUAGAAUAUAUUUGAAGAUUUCGACACUGACAAUAAAGAUGCAAUUAAAUUUGAACUCAAUCAAAAAGUAAAGUUAAAUUUGGAUAUAGAUCCUAAAUUUAGGUGCCUGAAUGUUAUUUUAAAUGAAAUAAACGAAAAAUAUUAAAAUGCCAUGCCAAUUAAUGGAGACAAAUUUUUGAUUUGGAUUCAUACUAAUGAUAAACAGAGAGUGUCAUCGAUUUAAGAGUACAUUUAAAACACUUUUCUCAAAAAUGAUCCUUCAAACAAACUAAGCUUGAUGAAAAAGUUUAGAUAGUUUUUAGAAGAAUAGACACAUAGGAGACACUCUUAUCUCAAAGAAUUAAUCAAAAGAAAAAAAAAUUAAAUCCUUGAAGAAAAGAAAGAGUGUGAAAAUGUGUUGCUUGAAUAGCUAUUUAAAGAGUUGGAAUACUUUUAGUAAAUAAUUGAAUUUGAGCAAUUGGAAUUGAAUAAAAAUCAAAAUAAUUAACUUAAUCCAGACGAUAAUAUUUUAUUUGGUUCUUAAAGACAGCUAAACUAAGAAAAUAAACAAAAACUAGAUGAAAUGGAAAAGGAAGAAUAAAAGAAAAUAAAAGAAAACUCAUAAGAGGACUCAAAAAAAUAAUCUUAGAAUGAUUAGAAUCUAGAAAUUGCAAGUGAUGAAGAAAAAAAUAAUAUAAAAAAAAUAAGAAAAAGCGAUAGGAUGCUUGCAGAUAAUGAAAAAGAAUUGCUAGAAGUGAAAAAGAGAAAAUUAUAAAUUGAUGAAAAACUACAAAAAAGAUUUAAAAUGAUAGAUGUAAAUUCAAUGAAUGUUAAUAUUAUUGAUGAAAUUGAUCAGACAGGAUUCGUUUAGUUUUUGUCUAAAUAAAUUAUGAAAAACUUCGAAUUUAUUGUAAACAGCACAAAUAAAUCAGUUAUUAGAUAACAUUUCUUAAGAACUUAUCGUCCAAAUUUUGUCAUAUUAUUUGAACCUAAUUUGAGCAUCAUAAGAGAAAUUAGUGUAGGGCAGCAUCUAAUCUAAUUAAACGGAGUAAAUCCAAUCUAUGAAAUUAGGACAAUCAUGUUCAAUAAGUCUGCUGAAAGUGAGAAAAUUCUUUAUAAUAGUCUUCAAGAGAAUUAAGCAACUGAGAGAAUAGUGAAAGAAAAAAAUGAGAUGCUAAGCAGUAUUGAUGAGCCAGUAUUAAGAGUAAAAAAUAUUACAAAAAAAGCAAAUACUAGAAUAGGUGGCUCUAUGUUGCAAGUUCAACCAGCAGUUAUCAUUGAUAAAAGAGAGUUUAGAAGUGAUUUACCUUCAAUACUAUUUCAUGAAGGUUUUAAAGUUAUACCUAUUUAAUUAACUACUGGAGAUUAUAUAUUAUCAAAAGAUAUAGCUGUAGAAAGAAAAUCAGUGGAAACUCCAGAUUUAGUAAACAGUUUAAGAAACGGUAGACUUUAUUAGCAGCUAUUGGCAAUGUCUAAAAAUUAUAAGAAAUGUUACUUACUUAUAGAAUUUUCAGAAUAAAUGCCUUUUAGCUUAGAGUCAAUUAAUUACAAUAAUGAAAACUAGCUUUCUUACUAAGAGCAGCAAAAUUUCAAUAACAAAUAACCAAAAACAAACACCAUUACUUUUUAUUUGCCUCUCCUCGUCUCUUAAUUCGAUAAUGUUAAAAUAAUUUGGUCGAAAGGUCCUAUUUACACUUCUAAAAUAUUCUAAAUGCUCAAAUAAAAUUAACUUGAGCCAAAUCCUUCAGAACUACUUAAAGAAUAAGAGAAGAAAGAAAAGAAGGAAUCUACAAUAGAUUAGUAUAUCUAAGCAAAUUAAGAUGAUGACAAAUAUAUUCCAACCUAAAAACGAUUAUUUGAGCAAAUUAAAAAUAGCAACGAAGAAGAAAAUUGA